AUGGCCCCUAAGAAGAAGAAUGUGAAAAAGAACAAAGCAGAUAUCAACGAAACAACUAUCAUUGUGGAAGAUAGCCCCCUCAGUAAACUAAAUGGCUUGAAUGGACUCUUGGAAGGAGGAAAUGGUUUCAGCUGCAUCUCAUCUGAGGUUUCUGACUCAUCAUACUGCCCGAACCUCUUGGAAGGUCUAAGCAAAAUGAGACAAGAAAAUUUCCUUUGUGACUUGACUAUCAGUACCAAAACCAAAUCUUUCAAUGUUCAUAAGGUAGUGAUGGCUUCAAGCAGUGAAUACUUUCACAACAUCUUAAAGAAAGAUCCAUCCACUCAAAGAGUGGACCUCAAUGAUGUGUCCCCAGUGGGUCUAGCUACUGUUAUCACCUAUGCUUACACUGGAAAACUUACUCUCUCACUUUACACAAUAGGUAGUAUUAUUUCCACAGCAAUUUAUCUACAGAUUCACACCCUUACAAAGAUGUGCUGUGAUUUUCUAGUCCAAGAAAUCAGUGUUGAGAACUGUAUGUACAUUGCCAAUAUUGCAGAAACAUACGGACUAAAAACAACCAAGGAAGCAGCGCACAAAUUUAUUAGAGACAACUUCAUUGAGUUUUCAGAAACUGAUCAGUUCCUAAAACUUACUUUUGAUCAGAUUAAUGAACUUCUUGCAGAUGAUGACUUACAGUUGCCUUCUGAAAUUGUUGCAUUCCAGAUUGCAAUAAAAUGGCUGGAAUUUGACCAAAAAAGAGUAAAGUUUGCUGCCAACCUCUUAAGUAACAUCCGUUUUGGUACCAUCUCAGCCCAAGACCUUGUCAAUUAUGUUCAAACUGUGCCAAGAAUGAUGCAAGAUGCAGACUGCCACAAGCUCCUAGUGGAUGCCAUGAACUAUCACUUGCUUCCCUAUCACCAGAAUACACUUCAGUCCAGAAGAACAAGGAUCCGUGGAGGUUUCAGAGUCUUAGUUACUGUUGGGGGACGCCCUGCUUUAACAGAAAAGUCUCUUAGCAGAGACAUCUUAUACAGAGAUCCUGAAAACGGAUGGAAGAAGCUAAGUGAAAUGCCUGCUAAAAGUUUUAAUCAGUGUGUCACAGUGAUGGAUGGAUUUCUCUAUGUGGCUGGUGGGGAAGACCAGAAUGAUGCUAGGAACCAAGCCAAGCAUGCAGUCAGCAAUUUCUGCAGAUAUGACCCUCGUUUCAAUAGCUGGAUUCACUUGGCAAACAUGAAUCAGCGGCGCACCCACUUCAGCCUGAACGUGUUCAAUGGGCUCCUCUUCGCGGUGGGAGGCCGCAACUCCGAGGGCUGCCUCUCCUCUGUCGAGUGCUACGUGCCUGCAACCAACCAGUGGCAGAUGAAGGCCCCGCUAGAGGUGCCGCGGUGCUGCCACGCCAGCGCCGUGGUGGAUGGCCAGAUCCUGGUCACGGGAGGUUACAUCAAUAACGCUUACUCUCGCUCGGUGUGCAUGUACGACCCCAGCAAAGACAGCUGGCAGGACAAGGCCAGCCUCAGCACCCCGAGGGGCUGGCACUGCGCAGUGUCCCUUCUGGAGAGGGUCUACGUCAUGGGUGGGUCUCAGCUGGGGGGGCGAGCAGAAAGGGUCGAUGUUCUCCCUGUGGAGCGUUACAGCCCAUACACGGGCCAGUGGAAUUACGUGGCGCCGCUUCAAACCGGAGUUAGCACGGCUGGCGCCUCCACCCUCAACGGGAAAAUUUACUUAGUGGGUGGCUGGAAUGAAAUAGAGAAAAAGUACAAGAAAUGCAUUCAGUGCUAUAACCCAGAUCUCAAUGAAUGGACAGAGGAAGAUGAGCUGCCUGAGGCCACUGUGGGUGUAUCUUGUUGUACUAUAUCCAUGCCCAACACCAAGACAAGGGAGUCCAGGGCCAGCUCAGUCUCUUCUGUCCCAGUCAGUAUCUAA